GAUGCUGACUACGGCUUCAACUAGCCCUGCCCAGAGCAACCGUUCUCGCAGUUCCAUACGACAGGUGAAGAGGACGUGCACGGGUGCACGCUCACGAUUGCGUACAAGCUGGAUGCGAACGACGUGCAGCCCGAUGACCUUGUCAUCUUCAGCAUGAACCAGACCUGCAUGUGGUACCUUAACACCACGUUCGAUGUUUCUGCUAACAUGCCCGAGUGUCUCGACGGUGGCUGCAUGUGUGCAUGGUUCUGGAUCCACUCGGAUGACAGCAGUGUGAAACAGAUGUACAUGAACGGCUUCCACUGCGACAUCACCGGCAUAAUGAGUACCACUCCCAUUGGCAUGCCCAUGCUGUCCAGACAAUUUCGAGAGAACCCUGAUUUCAACGAAGCUGCCAACCUGGGCGACUGCACGAUCUGGCCCAGAUACCCCAUGUACUGGAUGCAAGCUGAGCAGAACAACAUGCACACCUGGGUACUACAUGCCGCCAGCUUACAAUGACAUCUAUGGCUACCAUGACGGCCCACAGGAUGACAUCUCCCAGGACGCAUACAUCUCCUUGCUUGGUCCA